AGACAUGCUGCACCUUUGGGACUUGGCUCAAGCUCACAUCAAGAUAUGUCACUCGGUGGCUACACGACUCGUUCGGAACUGGACUUUGAUGACGUGGUGGCGCGGUCGAGCACCUGGACAGGAGGGACCGUCUGCAGACAGAUCGCGUCCCACCAUGAAGGCAUCCAAAGCGACACAAAGUGCUACGGCGGGCGCUUCACCUACGGCCAGUGGCGGCGUUUCUUCGCAUUUCGCGUGGAGCGGUCUCCGAGUGUGCUGGAUGCCCGGGCCCGCGAAGGCCCGACCCACUUCUCGUGGCAGAGACCCUUCGUGGAGUUCUUUCGGCCGGAGAUUUGGCUUCUGAUCUUGCUGCAUUCGGAUGCGGCUGCCAUGGGACGGCUGGCCAGCUGCUGCUGGGCCCACGCCCGACUCUAUCUGCCCUGGCAGCGCCGAGGGGUUAAGCGAGAAGAUCCUCUGUGUGAGCCCGAGAUGCAUGUGGCGCAGCUGGCAGCGAGGCUGCGGUGUGGCUUGCCAUGGGCGGAGGAGCUGUUAGACCUGGAGGAGAUCUCUCCACCUGUGGGGUCCUGGCUGGAGCUGUUGUAUCAGCAAGAAGCCCAAGGCGCUUGGCUUUGCUUGGUGUGCACGGGCCACCGCGGCGAGCUCGUACGAAACUUUUGCGCGGCCGUCGCCUUGGCGGAGCAACGGCCGGAUCCAGACUGCCCUGUGAUCAUUGCCUUGCUGCCCUCGGUGCAGCAUGUGCACGUGACCGCUGGCAGCCGCGUGUGUAUUCAGAAGGCGCUAAAGAUCCUGGGCUUGCCGCUGCCCUACUUGAGUGGCGGCGACUUUGAGCUGCGCUCACGCUGGCAGAGCCCGGCGAUACCAAAGGGAGGGCGGCGGUACUUGCCCACCCUUAGCUUGCAGAGUUUGGAGGUUCGGUUGGACGGCGGGUGCGUUGAGCUGCAGAAUUGCGUGCUUUAUGGCCACGGCACCACCGAAGACUCCCCGAGAGGUGUUGGAGAUUGCGUGCUCCGCGUGUCGAGCGGGACAUGCCUGCUGGCGGACUGCCAGGUGGCCCAGGGGUUGUUGCAGAAUCGCCGUGCACUCGGACCAGCCCAAAUAACUUGGCGGUUCCCAGCCUACCCUUGGACUUUUAGGCUUUUUGCGUUGCUAAACAAUUCGGUGUGUGAAUCCUUCGGGCGUCAGCUCCUACCCUCUGAGGCAACCACAGCUUGCCUGUGUUUCAUGGGCGGCCAGCUCACCAUUGAGGAGGGUUGUAUUCUGCGAGAUUGCCGGAUCGGUGUAAGUGUGUGCGACCAGGGCUCCAUCGCCUUUAUAGUCGACAGCCUCCGGAUGUCAUGCAGAGAGGGCGGCCAGAAGUUUGAGCAGGUAUUCGGAGGCAUCAUUACCCGACCAGCCUUCAGCCCGCUUGCACGGAUGGCUUGACAGAUGUGCUGCGAAAUGCCUAUGCCACCUGAGCAUGCUGCCAGCGUACCAAGUGUAUUCCGGCAAUUGUUUCAAGAUUUUGGCAGUUUCCGCCCCGCCAAGCGGCCCAGGGUUGAAGCAUGGCCUCGAAAUCAAUCAACUCAUCAGUACUGCUUUGCUGCCGUGGGCCUUGAAAAGAGGGUCCAAGUCCACUGAAGGUGGCCUCUGUGGUCGUGGCUUGCCUGUGCCAACUGGGAGGACAUUUAAAAGUUGCGGCAGCUCGUGCCUCCCAGUUUUGGUCGGAGUAUUGAGCUUUAUGUCGCAAGUCGACUUGGCUCACCUGUCUUGAGAUCGGGCUUGCCAUGUCUCGGCCCCACGCUUACCUGGGUGCCAGAAG